AUGGCAACAACAAUUGAUCAGCUGACUAAUGAGGAGGAACCCUGGAGGACCCUGGAGGAACCCUGGAGGGACCCUGGAGGAACCCUGGAGGGACCCUGGAGGAACCCUGGAGGGACCCUGGAGGAACCCUGGAGGGACCCUGGAGGAACCCUGGAGGAACCCUGGAGAACCCUGGAGGGACCCUGGAGGAACCCUGGAGGAACCCUGGAGAACCCUGGAGGAACCCUGGAGGAACCCUGGAGGGACCCUGGAGGAACCCUGGAGGGACCCUGGAGGGACCCUGGAGGAACCCUGGAGGAACCCUGGAGAACCCUGGAGCCUGGCGGGACCCUGGAGGAACCCUGGAGAACCCUGGAGGAACCCUGGAGGGACCCUGGAGGAACCCUGGAGGAGGAACCCUGGAGGAGGAACCCUGGAGGAACCCUGGAGAACCCUGGAGGAACCCUGGAGCACAGAAGUAAAUCUUCCCGUGGUGUAUGCAGCCUGCAUCCAAACACAUCAUGCAUCUUAUGUCCCACAGUUACUGCUCAGUCAUAA